AUGGGUGUGCCUCUCACUGCUACAUCUGUGUCCACAGAGGAGUUCCGGGUCUUUGGUCCCUCAGAUCCCAUUGUGGCUGCACCAGGUGGGGAAGCCAUCCUUCCCUGCUCCGUGAUUCCAGCCAUGAACGUGGAGAACAUGGAGGAGCUGAGGUGGUUCCGCAGCAGAUUCUCAGAAGCAGUACUUGUCUAUCGGGACCAAGAGGAGCAGAAAAGAGAGCAGAUGCCUGAGUAUUCCUGGCGGACCUCUCUGGUGAAGGACCAGUUCCAUCAAGGCAAGGCUGCUGUGAGGAUCCAAAAUGUCCAGGCAUCAGAUAGUGGGAUGUACAUCUGCCACUUCAAACAGGGAGUGUUCUAUGACGAGGCCAUCUUGGAACUGAAGGUGGCAGCAAUGGACUCAGUUCCUGAAGUGUACAUCAAAGGUCCAGAAGAUGGUGGAGUGUGUGUUGUGUGCAUGACCUCAGGGUGGUACCCGGAGCCUCAGGUACAUUGGAGAGAUUCCAGAAGAAAGAAUCUUACAGCAUCUUCAGAGAUCCAUCGUGAAGAUGCUCAAGGACUGUUUAGCACAGAGACCUCGCUGGUGGUGAGAGACAGCUCUGUGAGGAAUGUGACCUGCUCUACUUUCAAUACUGUCUUGGGUCAGGAGAAAGCCAUGACCAUGUUCCUCCCAGAGCCCUUCUUCCCCAAGGUCUCUCCCUGGAAACCAGCUUUUCUUGUGACUCUGACCAUGUUGGGACUACUAGUCUUUGGGAUAAGCUAUCUUCUCAGAAGGGAACGUUCUGCAAGGCUGAUCAUGCAGGAGAUGUCGGGGAAUCUUCAGAGUGUGAAGGAGAAGAAGACAAAGGAGUAUACUCUGAGGACUGCUGGUGAACUCUGGAAGGAGCUUGCUCGAAGGAAAGCAGCUUACAUGGCAGCCUGGAGGAAGGCCCAGCUGUAUGCAGAUUGGCGCAAGGAACACUUCCAGACCUGGACUUUCACUCUGGAUCCAGCCUCUGCCCACCACAACCUUGCCAUCUCCCAGGACAGGCUGAGUGUGACCCGGAGGUUUUCUGGUAUGCACUUGUAUGACUUCUCCAGUGUGUUAGGCAGCAGUGGCAUCUCUUCUGGAAGACAUUACUGGGAGGUGAAGCUAAAAAUCAGAAAAGACAGCAAAUGGAUUCUGGGGGUCUGUAGGGAAGGUGUGGACAGAAAAGACUUUUCUUUUGAGACCCCACAAAAGGGGUUUUGGACUGUGGGGCAGUCUAGUAGUGGAUACUGGGCCUAUGAUGACUCUGGGAUUGUUUCAUUAUCUGUCAGGCAAGCUCUGCAGCAUGUAGGAGUGUUUGUGGACUACACUGAAGGUGACAUCUCCUUCUAUAACAUGAGUGACAUGUCCCACAUGUUCUCCUUCAAAAAGUCUUCUUUCUCUGGGACUCUUUUUCCAUACUUCAGGCUUAGGUCUGGAAAUGUUUCAAUGAUUAUCAGCUCCAUGGCAUGUGUGUCUGAGGGGAGGGAGGGAGAUCAGGAGGAGGAAGGGGAGAAACAAGGGGAGGGCAAAGAGGGGGAAGAAUCUUCAUUCCUUCAGCAGCCAGGAACUCUCUGUAUCCAUAAUGUGGACCACUGCCCAAGUCUUCAGUUUGGCUCUUUGUGGGAGUGUAGAAGCCACAGGGAAAAGCCCCCAUGGGUCCUAGAGGGGCCUGGAGCCUUGACCACUGCUCUUCAGUCUGACUCCGAGGCUGUGGCUGUGGCUGUGGCUGUGGCUGUGGCUGUGGCUGUGGCUGUGGUGGCAGUGAGGUCAUGCUUUGUGUCAGGUGGUGCAUGAUAAGUCCUGACUGUUGUUUUAGCUGGUGUAAAUCGGCUGCUUUGAGCUCUGGGAAGGCAUUUUCCUCCUGUUGGUAAAUAACAUUUUAGUAGGUUUUUUUUUGCCAUUUGGCAUGAAAAAGACCAAGGGCUGAGCGGACAUUGCUUAACUUGUUCAUCUGGCCAUGAGCACCUAGGGUCUAUUCUAUAUCUUGGCUCUUGUGAUAUCUGACACAUGAUUUCCUACAUUCUACAUUUGUUCCUGGUGAUAAGAUUUUUACAUAGUUCCUCGAAGUGGACCUACUCAGUGGACAAUAACCUAUCUGUCCAUCCAUCUCCAUCAUAUCAGAUCUCUUUGAUUAUUACAUAAAUUCUUUGAUUUCUAUGUUUGAGUCUCUCCUUACAGAAUUACACACAUAACUACAAAAAUUGAAUCAUAUUUUAUAAAGUUUUGCCUCAUUUAUUUUAACCCUGUAUUGCUUAUUUUUCUAUUAUUUACCUAUUAUCUAUCUAUCUAUCUAUCUAUCUAUCUAUCUAUCUAUCUAUCUAUCUAUCUAUCUUUUAAAGAGAAGAUCUCACAUAACCCAGACUGGAUGGAACUUUCCUUGUAGAUAAGUGUCGUGGCUUGAAUGAAAGCAUCCCUCAUACAUAGAAGUCUUUGGCUUGUUGGUCUCCAGUUGGCUGUAGUGUUGGGGUAGGUCUGGGACACAGUCCUUGAUAAAGUGUGUCACUGGGUGGACUGUGAAGCUUCAAACCAGGGCAUCACUCCCAGCCUACCCUCUCAACUUCCUGCUGCUCCAUGCCCUGUGCUUCAGCUCUCUCAUUGUGGAGUCCUGGGUGCAAUCCUCAGUCUGUAAAACAAAACAAGAGCAGCCAAAAUAGACAGCUUUAUCACCUUAAAUCAUUUCUCUUUUAAUAUAUUCAGAAUUUAUCAAUAAUUUUUUCUGCCAGUGAGAAUUGAAAAAUCAACUACGCCUCAAAUUGUACUAAACUGUU